AUGUCAUAUUCAUAUGAAAAGAAGAUAACUCUGGCUCAUCCAUUUCGUGCUACUGGUAGUACAUUACUUCAUGAAGAGCAAUCUAGUUUGAAAAUAGUUUAUGAUAAAUAUAAAACAAGAUCACCAUAUCCAAAUUCAUCAAAUCAAUUACGUUAUAAUUUAAUUUUCAUUCAUGGUACUGGAUUUAAUAAAUCAAUUUGGAAAUAUCAUAUUAAUAAAUUAUAUCAAUUAUCGCAAUCUCAACAAGUUCCAUGGUUUUUAGAUUCAGUUAUAUCACUUGAUAUGGUUGGACAUGGCGAUUCAAGUUUAGAAAAUCAAGGAAAAAUUGGACCAAUUUUCCGUUGGGAUGAUGGUGGUAAAGAUGUUGUUAAUGUUGUUAAAUAUGAAUUAAAUUCUACUGGAGAUUUUAAAAAUGAUUUUAAUUCAAGAAAUAUUGUUAUUGGUCAUUCAAUGGGUGGUUAUUGUGCGUUAUAUGCCAGUUUUUUAGAACCAAGUUUAUUUGAUUCAGUUAUUCCUAUUGAACCAGUUGCUUAUGGAGCUCCAGGAGGUUUAGAAAAAUUUACUAAAAUUUUUAAAAAAAUAUCUAAAUUAUUAAUUGAUACUUUUGAUUCAAAAGAAGAUGUUAAUUUCUUCUUUAAAGAAUUUUCAUUUUUUAAAAAUAUGCAAUCUCAAGUAUCUGAUGAUUUUAUUAAUGGAGAAAUUUAUGAAAUUGAACAAGAUGGAGAAAUUAAAUAUAAAUUAAAAUGUAAUACUUCACAUCAAAUGGCAGCAUAUUAUGGAGCAUUUAUGUCGAUUUCUUAUAUUAUGUUGGCAUUACCAUUAAUUAGAGUUCCAAUUUGUCAUGUUAUUGGUGAAAAAGCAGUUUGGAAUCCUCCUGAAAGUAUUCCAUGGAUUAGAAAUGCAAUUAAACCAGAAUUCUUAUCCCAAACUGUUGAUGUACCAAAUGGUGAACAUUUAUUAAAUGUUGAAUUACCUGAUGAAACAAUUGAAAUUAUUUCAAACUUUAUAACUAAAAGAAAUAAUGAAUUUAAAGAAAGUUUGAAGAAUAUCCCAGAAAUUAAAUUAAAUAAAAAUAAACAAGUUAUUGCAAAACAAGAAUUUCAAAGUUUACUUGAUCUUAGAUACAAAGAUGUUUACGGAUAUUUCAUUGAAGAAAGAGAAAACUUAUCCAAGUUAUAG